AUGAUAUCCGGGACCUCUGACGACGCACCGUCGCCUUCUGCAACAUCACCGGCAUGGAGUGUAAUCCAGUUCACCUUCAGCGAUAGAAACAGCGAUUCAGAGCUGGCGGUUAUGUGCAACAAUAAACGCUUUAUCAUACAUCUCUCGGUCGACACCUUUUCUGAAUCGCCUAAACUGAAAGACCGUUACCUUUUCUUCUUGCAAGUUGCCGAAGAGUUCGAGCUAGAUAGUGCAGACCUGCAAACUUUGCACGGCUUCUUCAACCCCGAAACCUUUGUUUAUACCUUUCAAACGGUCUCCGAUGACCGGAUACCACAUCUAGAUAGAGAUGCCCAACACCAAUCUCUAUUCGGUAUUUCUGUUCCCGCUGAACUCUGUGCGUCAUGGAAGUCCUUUGAUCCAUCUGAAGUACGAAUUUGUCAAGAGGAUGUGAUCGGUCCGCCUUCUCAUACACCGCGCAAAGCCCUUUUGAACGACGGGACGAUUGCAUUCCUCAAGCUCGUUCGCCGUGGCGACAAGCAGUCCCUGAAAAAUGAGCUAGACACAUAUGGGAAGAUCAACAGAGCAGAGCUUGACAACAAGAUGAGGAUAUCACGCCUCCACGGCCUAGUGCGGAAUAACGACGACGGUGUUACUUUCGGUCUCUUACUUACCUAUGUUGACUGUGGACGUGUAACACUGUCGUGUGCAUUGACGCCAGGAACCGAAGUUUCACUAAGGGCGAAAUGGGCUGCACAAGUUCAGGAAGCUAUUGCCCAACUACAUGAUGCUGGAAUAGUGUGGGGAGAUGCUAAGCCGGACAACAUCCUAAUUGAUGUAAAUGAGGAUGCUUGGCUUAUUGAUUUCGGUGGUGGAUACACGGAGGGAUGGGUGCCUAAGAUCCUUGUCGGGACAAUGGAAGGUGAUCGCAUUGCUCUCGAGAAGAUACUAGAAUACAUCCGCAACUAG